GUUAUCUCUCUUAACCUCCAUUACCGCGAAUCGUUGAAUGAUGGCAGCAUUCGACCAGAAGUUGCAGGCGGUUUUGUGGCUGGCAGAGCUGAAAUCAACGGAGGCUGUGAGAGUUAAAUGGACGGAGAAGUACGCAGAAGAACCGCCAACAGAUCAGAUGCUUUUAACGUGGAAAAAGAAUUUCCAGGCUACGGAAAAUAUCCACUCGAACGGAGAUGUGGGAACAUCCCCACCAAAAAGACCGCGACAAGACUUUGAGAAGACGACGAACCUUGAGGACGAAGCUGGGUUUAAAUUCAGUCUGGAAACCACUUUGGAAGAUAUUCGCCAGAAACAGGAAGACUUCUGCACGGAACGAAACUGGGCCCAGUAUCACACACCACGAAAUAUCUUGUUGGCACUGGUUGGAGAAGUCGGAGAACUCGCUGAAAUAUUUCAGUGGAAGGGUGAAGUGAAACAAGGACUUCCAGAAUUUUCUGAACGUGAAAAGGAACAUGUAGGUGAGGAAAUGAGUGAUGUUUUAAUAUAUUUGAUUCGGUUAGCCGACCGAUGUAGGGUUGACCUUCCAAGCGCUGCUCUGCGUAAAUUCCAGAAGAACGCAAAGAAAUAUCCUGCAGACAGAGUCUUUGGCAAAAGUAACAAAUAUACAGACUAUACAGACCAACUUGUUAAAGAAAUUUGAAGAAUUAGUAGCAGAAAAUAAAAAAAAAAAAACAAGAAACAAAA